CGUGCGUGUCAGCCGGACUGUAGUUCGGGACGGACAGGAUUUGUAGUCCGUCAUGGUGUUUGGAGGAAGCCUGCUGUGUGUUUGCGAUGGAAGAAGCGGAUAAAACAGCUCCGUCUGUGACUGAUAGGUACUAUACGCGAUGGUAUAAAACAGAUAUGAAAGGAAAACCGUGUGAAGACCACUGCAUUCUCCAGCAUUCAAACAGAAUCUGUCUCAUCACUCUUGCGGAGACUCACCCUAUCCUGCAGAAUGGGAGGAAGAUCAAGAACAUCAACUACAAGAUCAGUGACGGAUGCAGCCGCCUGAACAACAAAGUAUCCGGGAAGUCAAAGAGGGGUGGCCAGUUCCUCACGGAGUUUGCUCCUCUGUGCAGAAUAACAUGUACAGACAACAUGGAGUACACCGUUUUUAGCUGUAUCAGGGGACGCCUUUUAGAAGUCAAUGAGGACAUCCUCAAGCAUCCUGAUCUGCUGCUGGAGAAGCCUUCUACUGAUGGGUACAUAGCAGUCAUCCUACCAAAACUUGAGGAGAGCAAGAGCAUCACCAAUGGCCUUCUGACUAGAGAACAAUAUGAGGAAGUUGUCUCUAAACGGACCAGUCAACAACAAGAGCCUUGCUGAGAUCAGCCUUACAGAAAUUCUCAGGAACAUUCUAAUCCUCUGUUGACCUGUGGUCAUUAUUACUCCUGUGUUUUUUGUAUAAUAGGGAAGAAGAGAGAGCUGUAGCCAUUGUUGCAUUUUGUUUCAUAUUAGUGUAUGCGGCUCUUGGUGCAGAAUUUUUCCCCUUAAGGUCAGUUUAGUUUUUUUUUUUUUUCCUUUUUAUAUUUAGGGCCAGUUUCCCAAACAGGGAUUAAAGCGUGUCUUGGACUACACAGCAUUUUAAAUAGAGAUUUUGCACUCAAAGAAAACAUAUAUCUAUAACUAGCCUUAAUUAACUUGAGUCCUGGACUAUACAGCACUGUGAAUGGAGAUUCUUCACUGAAAGGAGUUAUGUAGGACUAAGCUUAAGUCCUGUAUGGGAAACUGUCCCUUUUUUUUUGACUUGCCUGUGUCUGGCCUUUUGUUCUGUAUUUAUUACCAUUUUUGGUUUGCAUACAUAAGAGCCUUUAUGAAGAUGUAUUUUGUAAAAUGCACAAAUAAACGACUCAACCAUCAAUA